AUGAUUUGGACUGCUUAUUCUCUUAAAAUCAAAACAAAACUCUGCCCUUCCCAAGAUGUUCUUAUCAGACUGCCGCGUCAGCUUGCGAAUAAUAUCAAACUCGCACUGGACGAAUCAGAAAAAUAUGCAUCUGGAAUCAACAACUGUUUCCGUAGCUUCAGUGGUGCGAUUAGUGUCGGAAUAGGCGCUGCAGCUUCAGUCAAUGCCGGGGGAUACGGCGUCAAAGUAAUCGUGAGUGCUGUCAACCGAUUAGGUAGUAUAAAAGACCAGGAGGAACCUAGAUGA